AUGCCCGCCACACCACUACCGCCGGCACCGAUGCCUCCUGUAACAGCUCCACCCGGUCCCAUGCCACCACCGCCACUUCCACCAGCCCCAGGUCCAGUUUUGCCCAUCACAUCGGCUCACAAGACAGCUAAUGAUGCAUGCAUCAAGAGAUUGUCUCAAAUCGGAAUAAUGGAAUCUCCAAGAAUCUAUCCUUCCAACCAGCCGCCUGGAACAUACGGAAAAGAGAUCUUGGUGCAAUCGAACGUGUUUGGUAUCGAAGUAGAGAACGAGAUGGAACUUUUCCAAUACAGCGUCUGCAUUCGAGCUGAUGUAGCUGUGAAAAAAGAAGUUGUUUUCACCAAGAAAGGAAAAGACGAUUUUGUCGUGCUUGACAGACAUGAGAAGUGCUGCACAGUGCUUUACCAUGCUUACGAAGCUCACGAUGAUUUUUUUCAAUCCGCCAAGAAUUGCCUGAUCUACAAUGGACAAAGCAUGCUCUAUUCUUCGAUGGAUCUAUUCUCCAACCGAUUGGAUGCAGAUAUCAAGUCAAGAACCUUCCAAAUAGACGGAGUUGAGAUCGGUCACAAAGAUCUUCUAAAAUUGCCAUGCAUUAAAUUGGAAAUUAGUGCCACUAAAAACCCUGUCGUCAAGUUUAAUCGGCAGGACGUCGGCAAAAGAUCAGCUGAUCAAAACAUGCUGGCAGUCAACACCGCCUACCGCAAUAUCCUGGAGCUGGCGCUCAACCAAUCAUGCGUUCAAGACUAUAACCGAUGUGCCGUUUUCGAACACGGAAAGAUUUUCUUCAUCAGACCAACUGAGGAGGGAUUUAUUAGUCGUGAUUGUGUUGAUGUUGGUGAUGGAAAGCGGAUGAUGCCGGGUAUCAAAAAGACUGUUCAGUUUGUUGAAGGGCCGUUCGGACGUGAAGAAUGCAAUCCAGCAGUUGUCAUCGAUGGAAUGAAAGUGGCUUUCCACAAAGAACAACCCAUCAUCGAGAAGCUUCAAGAAGUCGUCACCUCUGAUUUCAGUAAAGGGCUAAAAGAGUUGGAUAGAGAGCGAUGUGCAGGUGUUAUAAAGGGCCUCGAUUGUUAUUCCAACUAUAUGGGUCGUUUACGUCACCUCAAGAUCGAAGGAAUCCACCAUGAAAGCGCUUCAAAGGCUCGCUUCCAAGUGAAAGACGGUAAUUCUUCGACAGUUGCGGACUACUUCCAAAGCAGAUGGAAUAUCACUCUCAAAUAUCCCGAAGUCAAUCUCAUUUGCUGCAAGGAGAAGGGAAAUGUCAACUUCUACCCAAUGGAGCUCAUGUUCAUCUCUCCAAAUCAGCGUGUUAAAAUAUCGCAGCUGACCAGUGCACAAAGCCAACGAACCACGAAAGAAAGUGCUGUGCCGCCUGACGUUCGCCAACGGCUCAUCAUGACAGGAAAAACGGCUGCUAAGAUUUCAGGAGAUAGUGCGGUUCUAAACAAGUUGGGUGUCCAGAUCUGCGAAGCUCCGCUACUCGUACGUGCUCGUCAGUUUCCACCGGUCAAAAUCGCCCUGAACCCAACCAGCUCUGUAAUUCCACAAAAAGAAGGUAAAUGGCGAAUCGGACAAUACUCGAGACCAGCUGCUGCUCCAAAAGUCUGGGCAAUGUACGCGGUCGGAACACCGUCUAGCCGAUUCUCACAGUCUCAACUAACGAAAUUCGCCAGAGAAUUUGUCACGGUAGCUCAACAGAAAGGCAUUCAGCUGAAUCCACCAAGUGAUUCUCAGUGUGUGCUUGCAACAGAUAUUGAGUCGCAAUUAGCUGCAGCACAUAAAGCCAGCUGCGAAUUCGUCUUUAUAAUCACUGAUGACACAAUCACUAAUCUUCACCAGAAAUACAAGAUGAUUGAAUCUUUGCAAUCUAUCGUGGUUCAAGACAUGAAAAUGUCGAAAGCAUUGAGUGUGAUUGACUCGGGAAAGAGGCUUACUCUGGAGAAUGUGAUCAACAAGACCAAUGUGAAGCUUGGUGGAAGCAACUACAUUUUCACGGAUACCAAGAAGUACCUUGACAGAGUUCUCGUCAUCGGAAUCGGCAUAUCUCAGCCACCACCUGGAACUAAAUUCAUUGUGGAAGGGAAAGGUUUCCUGAACCCGCAGAUUAUUGGUUUUGCGUAUAAUGGAAAACAGAAGCAAGAAUUUGCUGGAGAUUUCGUUCUAUGCCCCGCUGGACAGGAUGUGAGUGGUUUUUCCGCUUCAAAAAUAGUUAUUUCGUUUCAGACAUUGUCUCCAAUCGAAGACAUCAUGAAGGAAUCCAUCCUGGGAUACAAGAAAUGGCACGAUGGCAACGAUCCGGAAACCGUGGUUGUGUACCGAAGCGGAAUUAGUGAGGGGAACCACGGCAAUGUCCUCGCCUACGAAAUUCCAUUGGCUCGUGCUGGUAUAAAUGAAGUCUCCAAAUCGGUUAAAUUGGUGUACCUCGCUGUGUCGAAAGAUCACACCUAUCGUUUCUUCAGAAAUAAUUUGGACGCUAUUGGCAAAUCUUCCUCCUCGGGAACACAAGUUUCUGCAUCUGCGAGCAGAACAUCGGUGUUAAUUCCAAAAAAAAAAUCGUUUCAGUCGUCGCAAUCACAGCUGAAACCCUGCGACAUCAACAUUCCAUCGGGGAUUUCAAUCGAUCAAAUGGUUACAAAUCCAGCUAUCAAGCAGUUUUUCCUGAACUCGCACACCACUCUGCAGGGAUCUGCAAAAACUCCCCUCUACUCGAUCCUAGCAGACGAUACGCGAGCCAGUUUGGAAAGUUUGGAGGAGCUGACGUACAACCUAUGCCAUCUCCAUCAAAUUGUCGGACUUCCCACUUCCAUUCCAACGCCGCUAUACGUAGCCGCCGAGUAUGCCAAACGAGGAAGAAAUUUGUGGAAUGAAGCCAACCUGAAAAACCCACUCGUUCGUUCUGGUUCCGAGAGAGAGCAGCUUCGAGCGGCGACCCAUUCCAUCAACUACAAACAUACAGGCGACUUCUCCGACCGUCGUGUGAACGCUUAA